GCGAUCGCGAUUCUGUUUCGCUCGAGUAUCGCGUCAGCUGUCACAGUAGAGUAGGAUAGGCCUUCCUGUCAUUGUUAAAUCAUGGAAACAUGGAGAAAAAAGACAUUAGAUUCGAAGAUAUGAUUGCUAGAUUAUGUGUAAAUCACUAUGAAGAACGCCUGCCUAAGAGAGGCAAACCCCAAGUCAACCGUGAAUGGACUAUUCUAGCUGGAGUUGUCCAGGCUCAACGACGGCCUGUGUCGUCGGUCGCCAAAGCCAGUCAAGCACGAAGCCUAGGCCUAAAAUUUGAUGAGAAAUUUGAAUAUGAAGUUGUUGCCUUAGGAACAGGUUCCAAAUGUCUUGGUCUGGAUAAACUAAGCACUAAUGGAGAUGUAAUUCAUGAUAGUCAUGCUGAGGUUAUUGCUAGAAGAGCAUUCUUAAGGUAUCUAUAUGACCAAUUGAAGAAGAGUAUUUUACAAGAAGAAAGUAUAUUUAUUAAUGCAGAUGCGAGAGGAGAAUUUCAGUUGAAACCACAUGUAACUUUCCACUUCUUCACCAGCCAGACCCCAUGUGGGGAUGCUUCAAUCUUCCCCGAGACCACAGAUGACAACCAUAUGCAGACAUCAACUGAUCCAGUGACAGUUGUUGAUAAAGUUGAAAGUUUUUGCCAGAAAGACGUUUCACAAGUGGAACCAAUUGAUGUUGGAUCAACAAUAGAAAGUGAAAAGGAAAUUGUAGUGUCAGUUGGAAGCACAUUACCAGUGAGAAUUUCUAAAGGCAAUCAGGAUAAAAAUAUUGCUGAAGAAAAUUUAGACAUCAAUGUCAGAACUGAUAGUUGUAAAAGAAAGAGGGAAGCAUCACCAGUAUGCUAUGAGGUGCAAACAAAAAAUGCCAAACUCAACCUUGAGGAUCAUGCCAUUGAUGGAAGUCAAGAUCAGAAGUAUAAAGAUCAUCGCACCGGAGCAAAAUGCGUGCCCGGAAAUAUCCAGGAUCCUCUGAAUCCUAGUGGAUAUCACACUGUUGGAGUCUUGCGCUUGAAGCCAGGCAGAGGAAACCGGAGUGUCUCAAUCUGCUGCAGCGACAAGAUUGCCAAGUGGAACGUACUUGGAUGUCAGGGAGCGCUCCUCUCUCACUUCCUAACAGAGCCAAUAGCAUUCGAAAGCAUUGUUAUUGGAAAGUGCAGUUUUAGUGAAAGUGCUACCAAAAGGGCACUGUUGGAUAGGAUACAUGGAGUUUAUUCAAACCUAAGUUAUGCUGUACAUCACAAUAUUUCUGUAUUCCAUUCAAAUGUUGAAUUUCAUCAUUCAAAGGAGUACAUCAAACAGCACCAUAUUAAAUCCCUUGGCAAAAUCGCACCUUGUGGGGCAGCUAUUAUAUGGUCAGCUGUGCCAAACUCUCCUCUUGAUGUCUCUGUAAAGGGUGUCAAACAAGGUGUGACAUCAAAAGAUUUGAAACAAUGCAAUGCAAGGUGUGACAUUUGCAAAUCUAAAUUAUUUGAAACUUUCAAGGAAGUGGUGAAUCUUAUCCCUGAGGACAGCCUUCCAUGUAGUUUAAAAAACACUGAACUAAAAACGUACUGGGAUUAUAAGCAGGCAUGCGGCAAAUACCAAGAGUCAUGGCGACAUUUAUUGCAACAUUUCAGCACGUGGAUAAGAACACCUGUUGAAUAUUCACAGUUUUCUUGAGCAGUACUAACUCAAUUGGCAAUUUAUACUUCGAAUAUUGACAAAAUAUCGAGAUAUUUUAUUUUAUUCUUGCUGGAAUGUGUCUUUUUUUCCAAAUGUCUAACCGAAUAAAAAUAAUUCUGACAUUGAA